CCAAAAGUCAAUUUAUAAAAUGCAUCGUCUUCCAUCCCAAUCUUCCACUCACUUUCACUAGUAGGCUAGCUAGAGCAUUGUUGUUUCGUCUUUCUCUCUUUUCAGUAUUAUAUUAUUAUCAUGGAAGUAACCAACGCAAAGACUCUCCGACGCCGUCGGCUCUCUCGCUUCCCCAUACUGAAAGACGACGAUUUUCGACUCUUUGCGGCGCUGCUGGGUUCUACCUUCCUCAUACAUGUACUGCUCUUUUGCGCUGACCCCGUUGCCGAAUCAUCAUCAGGCACUACGGGAUGGAGCAUGAUUCAUAUUGGUCAUCUGCAUCUGUUGCCUUUGAUACGCUCCAAAAAGGCUGUCGGUAGUCCGAAAUUCAAGGACAAGUGGCUCGAAAUAACGAAGCGUUCAUCUCUCCUCCUGGAAGACACACCAGAAGCCAACCGUCUAAACGAUUCCAAUUUCAGCAAACCCGAAGCAGAAGAUGAUGAGUGCUCUCAGUUUCUGGGAUAUCCCAAGGAGAGUUCUCCCAACUAUUCCAUUUGCCUACCAACAACAAAACCCCCGAAAAAUGAAAAAGAACAUCAUCGAGAUGCUGCUGCCGGUGGUGAACUCUGGUGUCAAUGGAAUCCUCUCCUCAACUCCAGUUUCUGUCAAGCCACCAAUCUCAUGGUGGAUCCAUCCAAAAUCAAUGUUGCCCAGGGAGGGGAGGCCAUUUAUCAAGUGUUGGGCCGUGAGGAACAGGAUGAAAUGCCCGCUUACGAAUCUGGCGCCUUGCAACUAUCUCAAUGCACUCUCAGCGAACAACACAUCAACAGAAAGGAUCUACCUUAUCAUCUCUUUCACAUGGUAAACAGUCUGCGAGAACAACGGGAGGACAUUGAACAAUGUAGCUCCUACGAAGAACGGCCGACUCUGUUUGUGACACGAUAUGAAUAUGCUAAUCUAUACCAUACCUACUCGGAUUGGUACAGUGCCUAUCAAUCAGCCAUGCUUGCAUUACAGGGCAACAAAACCGCAGUGGAAAAUGUACACAUUGUCUUUUUUGAUGGGCAUGCCCAAGCCAAAACAGACAUGGGAUGGAAUUUGCUCUUUUCCAAUGCCACAGUCUCCUACAUAUCAGAAUACGAAAAUAAUGACAAGAAAGAGCCUGUAUGCUUUCGUCAUGUGAUAUUUGCACCUGCAGGGUAUCUUGCACCCACCUCAUUGACUCCCAUUAAAAACCUUGUUGGUUUCAUGGACCAGGGUCCCGAUUACUUUGAAACAUGCAAGGAAAACAAGUGGCAACGCAGGUUCCGAGACACGCUUGUCAUCAAUUCCAAACGACAAUUGGCUAAUUCCAAGGCAUGGCUCUAUGAUCAUUAUGCUGUGGAACACCAUGACAAUAAACGAGAUCCAUUUCCAUGUCUGCAUCCCGAAGCACCCGAUGAUCCCAACCAACAAGUGGCACCCAAAAAGAAGAAACAGCCAAAGAAUCGUAGUCUCCGAGUUUUGUUGUUGGCACGAGCCAACUAUCAAGCCCAUCCUCGCAUGGAUGGCAGGGUAUCUCGUAUCAUUCAAAAUGAAAAACAACUCUUGCACUUUCUGGAAACCUACAAGGGUCCUGAAGAUAGGUUGCCUGAGUAUACAAUCCCACCAAUGGAUGUGAAACGGGUAGUCUUGGAAGAACACGAUAUGGCUGAGCAAAUUGUCAUGUUCCAGCAAGCGGAUGUUGUGGUUGGCAUGCAUGGUGCAGGGCUUUCGCACAUCUUGCUCGCUCGUCCUGGCACCACAUUGCUUGAGAUUCGUCCUCCUUCCUUUCGUGGCUGGAGACAUUUUGAAUUCCUGGCCCAGAUCGCAGGCUGCCUUCAUCGAUCUCAUCAGUUGGAAGUGGAUGACAGUCGUCCUAUUGACCCAACUGAUUCUUUUUCAAUACCAAUCAAGGAUUUUGAACUAGCCUUUAUGGAAAGUGUAUCAAUCUUCUUGGAUAAUCAAUGUAAACUCCAGUAGCAGCUAGCUACGGGAGCUAGUGUAGUGGCUGGGGUGUGCUAACAAAUAAGACAUGUGUUAAA